AUGGGUAGAGGAAAGAAACUUCAACCAAGAUUCGUAGGACCUUGUACGAUACUCCAACGAGUUGGGCAAGUUGCAUACCGGCUCAAGUUGCCGCCAAGCUUGUCCCGAAUACACGAUGUCUUCCACGUGUCAAUGCUUAAGAAAUACUACCCUGACCCGACUCAUAUUGUACAACCAGAGGAGAUUGAGAUAGAUGAAGCCCUUACCGACGAAGAAAGACCUGUACGUGUGCUAGAUCGAAAGGUGAGGGAGCUGAGGAGUAAGCAAAUUCCCUUAGUGAAAAUCCUAUGGAAGAACCACGGAGUCGAAGAGGCGACCUGGGAGAUGGAAGACGAUAUGGAAAAGAAAUACCCUGAACUGUUUGUGAAUCGAGGCGAGAAAUUUCAAGGAUGA